AAUUCCCACAGCUAUAAAAACCCCAAAAGCCUUCAAUUCAUUUACUAACAUUACAUUAACUCCACAUACCAAACACAGCUCAAAAUGAAGACCAAUCAACUUUUCUUUUCCUUCCUCAUCUUUACCAUCUCUUUUAACUCUUACCUCUCCUCAGCAGCCGAAGCUCCUCCAGCAGUAGUCGACAUUACUGGAAAGAAACUCCGAACAGGCAUCGAUUACUACAUCUUGCCAGUCGUACGAGGACGAGGUGGUGGACUUACCCUAGAUAGUACUGGCAAUGAAUCUUGUCCACUUGACGCUGUUGUCCAAGAACAUCAUGAGAUAGAAGAUGGCCUUCCUUUGACCUUUACACCCGUCAAUCCAAAAAAAGGCGUGAUUCGCGAAUCCACUGAUUUAAACAUCAAGUUCUCUGCAGCCUCAAUCUGUGUUCAGACAACCCUGUGGAAGCUAGAUGACUUUGAUGAAACUACAGGGAAAUACUUUAUCACAAUUGGUGGAAAUGAAGGAAAUCCUGGUAGGGAAACUAUAAGCAACUGGUUCAAGAUUGAGAAAUUUGAACGUGAUUAUAAGCUGGUUUAUUGUCCUACAGUAUGCAACUUUUGCAAGGUCAUUUGCAAAGAUGUUGGCAUCUUCAUUCAGGAUGGAAUUAGACGAUUGGCUUUGAGUGAUGUCCCAUUUAAGGUUAUGUUUAAGAAGGCUUAAGUCGUCAAGGAUUGACGGAAAAAAACUAUGAAGUAACAAACUACUCGCUUAAUAAUUUGUAUCUAUUCGAAUAUGUAUUAUUUCAUCUAAUAAGAGAAGCAUGAGCUUCAAAAGUAAUUUAAAAAAAAACAAGUGUGUAUUUAUUUAUGUCCUGUACUCUUUUGAUUAAUGUUGUUUCUUGGCUUAUAGGCUCGAUUCGUCAGGCCUUAGACAUUGUUGA